CUUAKAAUACGAUUACUCCAUAUAUGUAUACACACAUAUAUAUCUAGUAUGCGAAUGUAUCGGAAAAUUUUAUCACACCUAUAUAUUGACCACAUUAUAUAGUAUAUUCAAAAACAGUAAUAGAAUAUAUAAUUUAUUUAAAAUAUAAAGAACGACAUCUUGAGAAAGWUCAUAUGAAAUAUCAUUUGAAGGGUUGUGUGCUGAGUUAGGGAUCCGCCACGUAAAAAACACCCCCAAUGAAAGGAAGAAAACUGCCUCGGAUGAGAGAUCCUGUCAAGGAAGUGUGAUGGAAAAAAACCCAAUACUAGUUUAUAAUUAUAUUAAAUAUCAAAAAACCUAUAUAAUAAAAAAAAAAUAAAUUCCUAAUUAAAAAUAAGAUAUUAAAAUGCAGAAAUAAAUGUUAGUCAGUCCCGUUUUGUAAAAAGAGAGCAUGCAUUUUGCAUGAAAAAAGAAAUAAUACAUGUUUAUCAGAUAUGUUAAAUAACAAACAUGCUAAUUGUACAAAAAAAUUGAAGCAAAUAAUAAUAACAAAUAUUGGUAAAGACGGUUCUAUAAUAGUUUCUGGAAAACAUAGUAAUUGCAGUUACACAAUAAUAUUAGUAUAUUUGAUCAAUUAUGACGAUAUGAUAAAAGUUUUACAAUCCCAAUCGAACAAUUUUAAAAUAUUUAAAAGAAGGAAAAUGUAAGCAAUUGUUUGUUAUAUUGAAACAACGAAUAUUGCUUUAACUCCAGGUAAAACAGGAAAUAGAAAGAAGUCCUGUUUAGUAGAGAUUUAGUACUUUAUUAUUGAUAACCAUACUAAGUUAUUUUAUAAUAUUACCAAAGAACUUUGAUAAAAUUUCAACACAAACUAAUGACCUUCAAAAUAUAUAUUCGAAGACGGGACGAUUCCAUUCAGUUCGAUAAAUAAGCAAUAAAUAUUUAAUUAUUCUAUUCAAAGAAUGUGUCAAAUAUGUCAUUGAUAUAUCGACAAUUAGGAAGCCAUCAGCUAUCACGCAUUGAACACUUCAGUAUAUACGGAUAUUAAUUAACCCUAGAACACACACCCAGAAAAUACCACGUAAACACACACCCGGGAUACGUUUGUACCCAGGGACCUUAUUUUGCGGGUUUUUUAAUGCUUAUUCAACCGAUUUUUAAGACUUUUUUUUAAAUGUAUAUUUUGAUAAAUAACAAGUAUUUUGUCUUUUGUUUCAUUCGAAUAUUCCUACUGGUUCCAGCGAUAUGGGCAAAUAAAGUCAGGACAUGCAACAGUGGAUUUUUGUUUUUGUUGUUGUCCUGAUAAAUGCAAAGCAAAAUAGUAUAAUUUAUAAUAAUGUUCAUGUAGAGUUACAACGAAUACACAUUUUUUUUAUUUCAUUGAAAUAUUCUACCUGGUUUAAAAGAUAUGUGCAAAAAGGUCGCUCAAGGUAUGGGUAAGUAGGUAGCAAAUACACUGGUAUAACUGGUUUUUGUAUUUUAUAUGUAGCUCCAAGGGUUGUUUUCACACGAGGUGUUGUUAUAAAUGCUGGAUGUUGAUAUUUUCAUUAUUUUUUUGAUGCUCAAAAGUGUAAGAAAUGAAAAUAUAAGUGAAAAUAAAUAUAACUGGAUACGAAAUGACUUCAAGAAGAAACGAAUAUUUAUCAAUUGCAGCAUAUAGAAGGCUAACUGAGGAACAGCGAGAAUCAUAUAUACAAUCUUUAUUUGAAGAAAUUUGUGACAAUGACGCUCCCUAUGACUUUGACUCAGAAGAUGAAGAAGAAAUUCAAAUCAAUGACAUUGAAAUUGCUGAUGCCGAUGCUGAAGUUUCGCAAAGUGCCGCAGAAGUAUUACCUGAUUAUGCGGACUAUGAGGAUGAUCAAGAGGACGAUGCAGAAGAAGAAGUAGAAGAAAAUAAUGAAUUACGUGGUAGUGCCGAAAAAUUUGUUGCACGUGAUGGUACUGAGUGGAUGAAAGCACCAAAUGUAAGUCGUCAGGUACUCAGACAAAAUAUUAUGAGAGAAUGUUCUGGACCAGCUAGAUGCACUGAAAUGUUGUCAAGAGAGCAAACAWUCAAAUGUUUCAUGAACGUUGAAAUGGCUGAUAUAAUUAUGCGCCACACAAAUAAGUUAUCAAAAGAAACUUAUAAUGCUUACAACAAUGCGCAUCCAAACACAGCUCCUAAGUCAUGGGCGCCUGUGKCAAUAACAGAGCUGUAUGCAUUUUUUGGCAUACUUAUUAUGACUGGUGCGAACCAUAGCAAUGGAGAACAUGUUCGAGAUUUAUGGAGCGUCAAAAACUAUCCUUUAUAUCGCGCCACAAUGGGAGUCAACCGUUUCUGUUCGAUAUUGCGGUUCCUAAGAUUUAACGAUAAAAACACUCGUGCAACACGCUUACUAACUGAUAAAGCAGCACUGAUCAGUGAGUUGUGGACGAUGAUGAACAAUAAUAUUGCUGUACAUUACAAGCCCAGCUCAUGCUUGAUGAACAAUUAUUUCCAUACCGUGGACGCACACGGUUUACGCAGUACAUGCCGUCAAAACCUGCUAAGUAUGGUGUCAAGGUUUGGUGGAUUUGCGAUGCCACAAAUGCAUAUCCACUGCAUGGACAAAUAUAUACUGGCCAAGCAGCAACUGGCAGGGAAACAAACCAAGGCGACCGAGUGGUGAAGGAUUUGUCUGCCAAAUACCAAGGGAGUGGCCGAAACAUUACAACGGACAAUUGUUUACGACCUUGGCAGUUGCAGAACUGCUUCUCACCUGGAAACUCGCGAUCGUUAGAACUUUGCGCAAAAACAAAUCAUAUAUUCCUCAAGAAAUGAAGCAGAACAAAAACAGGACAAUUGGUUCAACGACAUUUGGCUUCAAAAAUAAUGUGACAAUGUACUCUUAUGUUCCCAAAAAAAUAAAGCAGUCAUUUUGCGUUCGACCAUGCAUAAUGAUGCUGAAAUAGCUGACAGUGGGAAACCUGAAAUAAUUGAAUGUUAUAGUAGUACCAAAGGUGGUGUUGAUCGAAUGGACCAAAUGUUUGCGGAAUAUCCAACACAAAGACAAACAAAACGAUGGCCACUAGCGAUGUUCUUCAACAUGUUGGACAUUACAGCUCUUGCAGCCUACACUGUCUGUCUACGAUUUGAAUAACCCUAUGUUGCCUUGGAGAACAAACAACAAGCGUAAGCAGAUCCUGCGCAGCUUGGCUGAGGCAUUGUGUAUGCCCAUUAUUGAAGCCAGAGCCAUAAAUCGUCAAGUGACGCGAAAUUUUUCGACUAAAAUUGCUAUUGGAGCAUAUUUCAACCGACCGGUGGAAUCAAUGUUGUCAACAGCAGCAUCAACAUCUGCCGCAGCGCGCAAAACCUGUGUCCGGAUCCUGCUAUUUAUGUUACACACACGAGGAAAAACGCCGUAGAAAAACCAGAAAGCUGUGCGCCAAAUGUAAGAAG